AAACCACAUAUUUUAAUCCGCCCCAACCCCACACCCACCGCCUCUCUUCCCUUCUCCCUUAUUAAUCCAAUCUUUAUCUCUCUCCCAAACCCAAAUCAAAAUCAAAAUCAAAAUCAAAAUCAAUCAAACUUGUUAUUGAUGUGAUUCAAUCCCUAAUUCCAUGGGCGAGGAAGUGAAGCUUGACGAAUCCACCGUCUCCGACUGGGAGGCCGGCCUCCCCUCCGCCGCCGAUCUCACCCCCUUAUCUCAGUGCUUGAUCCCACUCGAAUUAGCCUCCGCCUUCCAAAUCUCCCUCGACCCUCCCCGCACCGCCGUCGACGUCGUCCGCGCCUCCCGCACCACGCUCUCCUCCCUCCGCUCCGCCAAUUUCUACCCGCUCGCCGACGAUCCCGACGCCGACGACGGAUCCGACCCGAAGAAGCCCCGCCCCGCUGACGACAACAACUGCGCCGCCGCCAAGACGCUGAAGCGCCCCCGCCUCGUGUGGACCCCGCAGCUUCACAAGCGGUUCGUGGACGUGGUGGCGCACCUAGGGCUGAAGAGCGCCGUGCCGAAGACGAUUAUGCAGCUGAUGAACGUCGAGGGUUUGACUCGCGAGAAUGUCGCCAGCUAUCUCCAGAAAUACAGGCUGUAUGUGAAGAGGAUGCAGGGUUUGUCCAACGAGGGGCCUUCCCCUUCCGGGCAUCUCUUCGCUUCCACGCCGCUUCCUCCGCAGAGCCUCAAUGAGUCCUCCAGCCAUGGUCCAAACAGAAGUCAUUGCAGUGUUGGUAACGGAAGCAGUGUGGGGAUGCCAAUUCCGAUGCCACCGCCACAGAUGAUGGGAAUGCUACACGGCUACCAUGGACACUAUCAGCAGUAUGGUGGUGAAAAUGGUAUGAAUAUGAUGCAGCAGCAGAGGGAUUGGUCUGCCAAUAAGUAUAAUGGUUAUUCACAGCAUCACAUGGCUCAAAAUAAUAGCAAUUGUUAGACAGAGAAUAAAGCUAGCGAGUUCUUCUUCUCUCUUGUGUUCUUUGGAUUACUGUCUUGAUAAUAGUUUUGUGCAUUGUUGAUUGUCAUCUUCUUUGCUGAUUCAAAGCUGGUCAUACAGGGUCUGGUGGAUUCAUUGCCUUGGGAAUGUUCUGGUAGAUGUCUCAGUUUGUUAGAUGAGUUUUGUCUUAUGCUUACUAAUACUAAUAGGAACUUGUUAAUGUAGUGUAUAGCUUGUUUCUUUGAAGACCCAAAAUCAAGGUUCUUCUAAAAGAAGAAACCUAUAGCAUUUCAAAAGUACUGGAUGCCACUGUAUAAUCCUUGUAUAUUCUUAUUUUAUACUCCCUCCGUCCCAUAGAAAUAGGCUAAUUGGGAAUGGUAUUGGCUUUAAUACGAAUUGGUAAAAUACGAGGGAAGAAGAAAAAAUAGUUGAAAUAAUGUACUCCCUCCGUCCCCCCAUUAACUGGGACCGGUUGACUUGACACGAGUUUUAGGAAAUGUAGUGAAAAGUGGGUGAAAAAGUUAGUGGAAUGCGGUUCUACUUUUAUAUAUCAAUUUUAUAAUAAAAUGUGAGUGGAAUAAGUUAAUGGAACGUGGGGUCUAUUACCAAAAGUAGUACUCAAAAAGGAAGGGUGUCAAUUAAUGGGGGAAGGAGGAAGUAGUGGACAGUGGGACCCAUAAAUGAUAAAGUAAAAGUGAAGGAGAAAGAGUUGCCAUAAAUGGUUAUAGACUAAUUGUAUGGGACGGACGAAAAAGGAAAUUUGGCCUAUUUCUAAGAGACCUGAGGGAGUCUAUUGCUGGAGUCAUGAAUAUGAUAAAUGAAAUUAUUGAUCUAUACUGUUAAUUAGGAUUUCAUACAUGGAUUGUUGAUGCUUUCAGUGAAAUAAUUUUCAUCAACUAUAGUCUUAAAGUCCAUGACGCCCUGAGCUUGCAGGUAUAGAUCUUUUAUCUGCCUAAAUAUACUCGAUCGUGUUUCUAUUUGGAACAUAAUAUUAGAUAUCCCCUUUCUUGGAGAUUUUCCGUGUAUUAAUCCUUUGAGCUUUGUGGACAUAUAGUUUGCAAUUGAAAUUUUAUGUGAGUUACAAUCUCAGGUCAUCUUUCAUCUAUCUUUACCUUGAGUUAUGUUUUCCAUUUCCUAUACUUCUCUUAAGAAAUGUAAGAUAUUCCAUGAUCAUCUAAUGUAGCAUUUGGUCCUCCUAUAAA